ARUUAUGUAAAUUGUGAGUAACAUUGUUCGUAGAUUUGGUUUCAUUUGUACGACACAGACCAUCUGUAGGGAACAAGAAAAACUUUGAUAUUUUGUGUAUGAUGGUUUUCUAACGACUCSAUUGAGCUAUAAUAAAGUUCGUGGAAGUUGAUAUUUGUUUGUUGUCCAACAAAAGACCUGUGGAAUGUACUCCAUUGAGUGGUCUUUUGUCCUGAUCUUCAACUAAUGGCUCUUCUAGUGUGAAAACAUGGGCGAUCAGGCUGUUACAAGUUUAUAUCGCAAAGUUGUAUCACCUUCAGUUAAGUUUAAAACUGAAGGGCUUCAGAAAGAGACUCAUGCGCGUCAUGUACAGUAUCGUGGAAGAUCACCACUUGCAUUACGACAUCUUGCUGCCAGUCCUGCUAUCUUUGUUACUCAGCCUAGUAGAAGUACAUUCUCAGCRCCUGGUAGAGUUGAAAAUCGUCACACAGCGUUAAUGGGAUCUGAUAAUCAAACUACAGCUCAAGAAAACAGAGGAAACCARMAAGGAAACUAUGACUUYCAGUAUGUCAGUAUAACGGAAUAUCUUCUCUGACAUGCACAAUUCAUUUCUUAUUUCUUUAUUUACAGCCCAACAACAAGAUUCAAGACAACCUCCCUACCUGCCAUGCCAAUGACCAGUAGAUAUGCUGCGCAGUCAGUUAAUGGAACRUCAAGAUCCAUACCUCUCUCAACAACACGGCACUCGGCUUUGUCUCUUCCUGAUAAAUUGCAGACAUCAGAUAUCAAUCCUAGGAUUCUGUUCACUUCUCAAAAGCAGCGGCAACUGGCAGARUCAAGAGCAAAAGAUGAGUGCCGGCGGUUAAAACGAAAAUCUGAGAUAAUAGCCCACAGAGUUGAUAAACACUACUAUCUUUGUGGAAAUAAAAUUCCUGUUAAACAUAGGUGGGACGUGGAUGCAAAUGAUCUUUUGAGACUCAAAUUACUUGCUCAUCAAAAACAAUUAGGACAGUAUCAAUCCUUGAAAGAAUCAGAAGCUGAUCUUUGUGAUCCACGCGAUAGUCCAAGUGGUCAGCUGAGCUCACCGACACCUGCGGAUCUACCUUCUGGGCAGCAAAGCCCGYGUGAAAGCGAGGGUAAAUGGGCUGAGGAUACUAAAUCUGAAACAAGCUCUAUAGACGACAUUGAUCAUAUUCUAGCCAUGAAAGGACGUAGAACUAGGCUACCGGAAUCGUCAACCAACCAGCAAACUACCGASACACCUACUGGCAACGAAAUGGCGGAUAAAGAAUUASCUGAAAAGGAGGAGAAAACUUGUCAAGAAAAUACUGAACAAGAAAUAUCUGUUGCAGAUAUUGACAAUGUUCCCGAUAAAGUGAAAAACAAUAACACAGUUGAAGAUGAGAAAGAAAAGAAAAAUAUCAAACCGACCUCUUCAAAGACAUCCAAAAAAAUUAAAAAUUUACGAUUCCAAGACGAAGUUACCAAAAAGCAGCCGUCCAAUCAGCGAAGAGUUAAAUCCGGUAAUCCCAAGGACGACGACAAYGAAUCAAAGAAAGAAGAACAAAAGRAUGAUGAUCAUGUGAAUCCAUACAUGGAUGAAUGGCUGGGAGUUAAAAAGAAAGAAGUGGAUGGAAGAUACAAACCAGGAAAACCACCGCCAAACAGGAUCUUCAUCUCAUCUGAGAUCUCCAAAUCCAAGAUUGCGCAAGUUGCAAAGUUUUCAGAUGUAUUUUUAACUGAGACCAUUACUCUUCAUGAAAAUCAAAUGAAACAAAACACGGAUGACKUGACUCCGGAAACGAUGUACGGGAUUAUUGGUGAGAAGCAGAAAGGAGCKUUCAAAGAAAUGUUUAACGAGGUGGACAAAGACAAAAAUGGUUCCGUGACUUUAGAAGAACUGAAACUAAAGAUGAUGCCAUCAGUAUCCAGAGAUGAUAUCAAAAACUUUGUACAGGUAUUUGAUCUGAACAAAGACAAGACGGUGGAUUGCAGRGAAUUCACGGCCAUUUGCUGCYUGAAUGAUARACUGGCUGGUACAAGGACUGAAACUGCUGAUGGAUCAAUCGCUCUUGAUUUAGAAAAGCUUGCCCAACACAUUGUGAUAUUCAAAGAAAUGUAUAAAACAAUGGACGAAGAUGACGACAAUCGACUUGACUGUGAUGAAGUACUUGUCAUGGUUUCCGCUGCAAUGGGGACUGAGAUGGGCACUGAUCUUGCAGAUGCUCGCAGAGUUUUAUCUGCUGCACGAGAUGAAUUUGGCUAUAUCGACUUCGUUGGAUUUAUGUCGUAUAUUCCAUUCUUUGCCAAGCUUUUGCAAGCCAUUAUGAAGAAUCCGUUGUCAAUCAAUGACAUUGAAAAGGCGCGAGAACGAGUCAAGCAAAAAGAACUGACAUUCAAACCCAAAAAAGCCACGAAAAAAGAACCUAAAAGCUGGGAARCAUAUUAAACUCUCGCCCUUCCUCCACUGCAUUUUUCUCCGAAUGAAUAUCAACAAUAUAUUUUUAGAACAAAUUYAUAUAUAAUAUUAAAAGUAAUUUCUUGUAGUACAAUAAUGAUUAGAAGACGUUGAAAGUGUAACUUUCAAGAGACGACACAAAUGAAGUGUAGUAUUAAAUGUAUUUAAUUAAAAUCAUUAAAAUACA